UCCCCUUUAUGGGCGGUCCAGCGGGGAGGCUGAGUGAGCAUCCGUGCAUCCGUUUUCAUGGCUCACAAGGACGACGCCGCUUUUCACAUUCUCGGGCUAAAUCUGUCAGUAUCGCAGGUGCACGCGGGUGGUACAUGCGCAGUCUGAUUCCACAUGGAGCUGGCGUUCAAGGACGCCCCGGUGAAGGAUUUCGAGUGUCCGCGGCGACGGCGUGGGCCGCCGUGAUGAUGUGACGUGACGGGGAUCUUCUCUUGUCGCUCCGCUGCGCCUCUCUGUCGCUCACCAUGCCCAGGGCUGUGCGCAGACUGCUGCAUCUGAUGCUCUUCUGUCCGCUCCACAAAGGCUUGCAGGGGCGUCUUCCAGCCAUUAAGGUGAAGUACCUCCUCCUGGCCUGGCUGGGCGUUCUGAUCUUCAGCUGGAUCGUCUACAUGCAGUAUGCGUCCUACGCCGAGCUCUGCCGGGGCCACGUUUGCCACAUGGUCAUUUGCGAUCAUUACAGAAGGGGGAUAAUAUCCGGCUCGUCUUGCAAGGCGUUGUGUGAUCAGAGGAGUCUGACUUUGCACCGAUGCAUGUCCACAUCCUCCACACAUCAGGUGUACAUCGGGCUGUGGAAGGAGAGGCCUGUGGUCGUCAAGUGUGGGGUUGAGGAUCCAGCGGGCGCAGACGGAGCUCCAGACUCUGUUCUGCGGCAGGAAAUGAGUUUGUUCGACAAACCAACUCGUGGAACCUCCAUGGAUGAGUUUAAAGACAUGCUUCACAGUUUCCUCAAGGUGAACCUCGGAGAACAGCUAACUUUGACCCCUUUGGUGGACAGGGUCAUUGCUCUGGCUGAUGUCAACCAGGACAGUAAAGUGUCUCUGGCAGAGGCCAAGUCCAUCUGGGCACUUCUCCACAUCAACGAGUUCCUCCUGAUGGUGGCGCUGCAAGAGAAGGAGCACACCCCCAAGCUGCUGGGCUUCUGCGGAGACCUGUAUGUGACAGAACUGGUGGGGCACAGCUCCCUCUACAGGCUGGAGGUGCCUCACUACCUGAAGGCCGUGGUGCCAGAAGCCUUGAGCUCCAGCCUGAACCACUGGCUGGCUCCCGCCUGGCCCCGCCGGGCCCGCAUCACCAUCGGCCUGCUGGAGUUUGUGGAGGAGGUUUUCCACGGCUCCUACGGGAGUUUCCUGAUAUGCGACGCCAGCCCUCACCACGUGGGCUACAACGCCAAGUAUGACUGUAAGAUGGCAAACCUGCGCAGCGUGGCGUCAGAGGCGGUGGUGCGCGCCUUUUUGAAGGGACGGCGGUGCGAGACCAACGCCGACUGCACCUACGGCCGCGACUGCACGGCCACGUGCGAUCGACUGGUGAAGCAGUGCAACACAGAGGUGGUGCAGCCUAACCUGGCCAAAGUGUGCAUGCUGCUGCAGGAUUACCUCCUCUUCGGAGCGCCUUCAGACCUGCACGGGGACCUGGAAAAGCAGCUGCGCACCUGUGUGACGCUCAGCGGGUUGGCCAGCCAGAUGGAAGUCCACCAUUCCUUAGUCCUUAACAACCUGAAGACGCUACUGUGGAAGAAGAUUUCCAACAUGCAAGACUCCUGAAACCACGCAGGGGAGCAAACCUGCGCCCGUGAGGACAGUUUAGCUGUUUUUUACAGAUUCCGUGUUGCCAAAAUGUGAACUUUGAAACAAUGUGAGAGAAACUGACAAAAAAAAGGGGGUGAAAAAAUCCCACAAACCCCCCAUCAUGCUUUAAUUUUCAUCCAACUUCUUUCAGGUGAAGCAUCAUCUAUUUGCACACUUUCCUCAGGACACUGCCUGACACUUUUGUUGAAGUUAGUUUUUUAAAUUAAAGCAACCAGCAAAUGGUAUUUCCUUUUGUUUCUUCUAAUACCCGAUAAAUGUGACUGGGGGAGAGUGCACAACUGUAAAAAAGAUCUGAAUUCUUGUUGGGUUUUUAGUAGAUCAAGACUCAAACAAUAAUAAUAAAAAAAAAACAGUAAA